UACUGUAUAACAGCGUCAUUACGGUAACUGCGCUUCCAACAUGGCGCUGUCCUGUUCGAGCCUCUGCAGCCGUUUGUCUUUGGUCCGACUGUCCGUCCUCAGGACGAACAGGACAACGUCUGUCCUCUAUUCUCCACACGUGUCCUGUCAGUCCAGGUUGCCUCUGUGCAGACUCUACUCAUCAUCCAAAGCUACUCGUGGUAUCGGUCGAUACAUCACCUCCCGCCUUCAACUAGUAAAUAGCAAAUAUGAAGGGUUCCUCAAAAGAAGAUUUCCCCGCUUUUAUCAGCUCUACCACACUUUUGUGGAAGGAUUUAAGUUACUGUACCAAGAUGCCAAAGAUGUGAGGAGGAUAAAAUCAAAGAUGUUCUUUGAUGGAUUAAAGUACCAGGAUUUGCCCUACAGAGACAUGGAGAAACUUAGACAGUUUCGCAAAAACACGAUCAAAGCCUUCCCGCUGGUGGUGAUGUCCAUCCCUCCCUUUGCCAACUACCUGGUUUUUGUCUUGAUGUACUUUUUCCCCCGCCAGCUCCUGAUCCCUCACUUCUGGACUCCCCGGCAGCAGGUAGAGUUUCGGGAAGUGUAUAAUUCCCUCAGGGCGCGGCACCACUGGCCAGUGCUCAAAGGCCUGGAGAACACAAGCCAACAAGUCAAAGACACUCAGCUGCAGAGUCGCCUUAAAGAUCUGUGCACUAAAGUGAAGAGUGGAUCGAGCCCUCAAGUGUCUGAAAUCCUUGCUGUGCGAACCCUGUUCUCUGGACCCCCUCUGGGCAUACACCGGAUGUGCGUGGAUCACAUGAGGCGUAUCAGCCCGCUGCUCUUCCUGUCGCCUCGCCUCCCUGGCUUCCUGAUCGGCCGGCGGCUGAACACUCACGCCUUUGAGCUGCUGCUGCUGGACCGCGCCCUCAGCAGGAUGGGCCAUCACCAGCUCAGUGACUCUGAACUCAGACAGGCUUGUUAUCUAAGAGGACUCAACUCUGACAGUCUAAGUGUUAACCAGUGCCGGGAGUGGUUAUCCCAGUGGCUUGAGGUUUCCUCCUCAUUGAAAGACUCAGAGGUGUCACUGCUUUUGCACAACAUUGUAUUUCUGUCUGCCAACUACCCGAAUGCUCUGAAAAGGUCCCACUGACAGGAAGCCAGAAGAAGUCUGCUUCUGUGAUCGUUCGUGCACUGGGCAGCAAAACAUCCUGCAGAUCUGUUGACAUCAACCUUUUUUGACAAGGAAAAAAAUGAAAAGUGUUGAUGGCAAGAUCGUUUUGGAAAGUAAAACACAAAGUAGGAAACGCAAAGUGGGUCUGCCAAGAAAGAAAACCAAACCCAUUUCUACAGGCUGUAGCAUUGUCCUGUUUGCCAAUUGACAUUCUUGUCUUAGCCAUGAGAUCUCUGUGCUGCAAAGUACAUUUAACAGUACUCAAAAAUAUGUGGACUCUGUAGUUCCACUCUGACAUAAGGACAAUCUCCAAAGUAUUUUUUUGGCUUCAAAUCUUGCUCGGUGCAGUUUUACUGUUUAUGAUGCACUGAACUAAGUUAAGGUAAUAUCUUGAUUUAUUGUUGCUGUGGAUUUUGUAUCACUUUAAGGCACAGACCUGUCAUCUGUUUACUUAGUUCACACACAUUACAAAGCUGCAAAGACAAAGAGGAGAUUGUUAGUGGCAGUUCAGCAGAACUUUCUGAUCUGUUAAUAUUCUGCUUGUGUGGCAAAUUGAUUGUACACAUUCCAUUCAUAACAAUCCACUCUCUGAUACCUCACUUUCUGCUCUGCUCAUAUGCGUUUUUACUCUGGAUAAUACUGGUCAUGGCAAAAUGGCAGACAACCCUUAUAAGAGCCUUGGUGGAAGGAACAAUAUUAAAAACAUUAGAUCACACCCUGUCUCUUAAAUUGAAAUUGAGAUUGGAAAAGACACUAAUGCUUGUGUGUUGGGUGAGAAGCUGAGCUUGUACAUGAAAAGUCGAAACUGCUGUGAUGGCACUUUACUUUGUUUACGGGAUGUUUUCUUGCUUUAGGGGCUGAAGGACAUUAACUGUCCUGCUCAGACUUCUUGCACAUUUCAUUCAAGCUUUUUGCCGACUUCAGGGUGAUGAUACAAAGAGGAACUGCACAUCCCUUGUGCUGGGGUUCGGUGUUGUGAAAUGGGAAACGUCACUUACUCCAUGUGCCUUUCACAAGGUACAAUACAUCUUUGCUCAAGUUUUGAAUGUGGUGUUGCUGUGCCAAUAUUAUUUAUAUUGCUUGUACUGUGUCUGAAAUAAAAACCUACAUGCUCCA